CGCAGCGCUGCUGUCGCUCCCACUUCCGGCCUCUCCCUGCUGUUUCCGGGUCGCAAGCCCGGUGGACUCACGGAGCUGUUAGAGCAGCUGCUGGUUCGGUCCCGGUUGCUGGAGUGGAAGCGGCACGGGUUGCGCCUGGUUGUGACUCCGGCUCCUGUUUCUGGCUCCUCAUCGGCCCCGGGGGCGUUGCUGGAUCUGCAGGAGGUGGGGCCGGGGCCGGGGCCGGGCUUCCUCAGGGCGUCCCUCGGCCGCGCUGAGCGUGUUGCUGCCGGUGCCGAGUCUGGAGCCCUUGACCCACCUACCCUGCUGUCCCCGGGCACCUGUGGGCCGGGAGCUUCCAGCCCGGGGUGGGAGAGGCGGUUGAGCCCCGGGGCUGCAGACAGCGGAGCCCGGGUCCGAGCUGCCCUCAGUAGCUGGAAAAGGGCUUUGAGAGGCCCGUCGCUUAGCCGUGGCUCGUGACCGGUAGAUGUACUGCUGUCCCUGGGGUGGGUAUGCCCAGCCUGCGGUACAAGCACGGCAUGGCGGGUGGUUUCGAAUAGCCCUGCCUGUGGCAUAUGGGGUGGGGGAGGAGACUGGGAGCAGCAGCAGAUAGGGUGGGAGACUGGAGCAACCCCUGGUAAGGCACUCCUCUUCACUUGUGGCACCUGCCACAAAGGUGUGGGCUCCUAUUGCUGUGAAAGCGACUGCAGUGCUCGCUGAGACUGGAGACUGCCGGUAAGAUUUAAUCCUAACUUCCCCUGUUAGCUGCUCGCCACCAGAAUGAGACUUGUAAUUCUUGAAGAUUAUGACCAGGCUAGUGAAUGGGCUGCAAAAUACAUUUGUAACCGUAUUAUCCAGUUCAAGCCAAGUGAAGGAAAAUAUUUUACGCUUGGUCUACCAACAGGGAGUACACCACUGGGAUGCUACAAAAAGCUGAUAGAAUAUCACAAGAACGGAGAUCUCUCCUUCAAAUAUGUAAAGACUUUCAACAUGGAUGAAUAUGUCGGGCUUCCCAGAAAUCAUCCUGAGAGUUACCACUCCUAUAUGUGGAAUAAUUUCUUUAAGCAUAUUGAUAUAGACCCUAAUAACGCUCAUAUCCUGGAUGGGAAUGCUCUGGACUUGCAAGCAGAGUGUGAUGCAUUUGAAAAGAAAAUUGAAGAGGCUGGGGGAAUCGAACUGUUUGUUGGAGGCAUUGGUCCAGAUGGUCACAUUGCUUUCAAUGAACCAGGAUCAAGUCUGUCUUCGAGAACAAGGUUAAAAACUUUAGCGAUGGACACCAUUUUGGCAAAUGCUAAGUAUUUUGAUGGAGAUUUAUCUAAAGUACCAACUAUGGCAUUAACAGUCGGUGUGGGUACAGUGAUGGAUGCUAGAGAAGUAAUGAUUCUCAUAACAGGUGCACACAAAGCUUUUGCCUUGUAUAAGGCAAUUGAAGAAGGGGUCAAUCAUAUGUGGACAGUUUCUGCUUUCCAGCAGCACCCUCGCACUAUCUUUGUAUGUGAUGAAGAUGCUACUUUAGAACUAAGAGUUAAAACCGUGAAAUAUUUUAAAGUCUUUGAUAAACUCUCUUCUCACCAAACCUGUUCGAUUUCCAAGUCACAGUGGAUUCAGAAGCUAAAGACCAGUGAAGGGCCGUAUGUCAAACCCUAUUUUGAAAAGAUCAUUCCUGAAGGCAGCUAAAUGGUGAAGUACUCUGUCCUAUAUUAAUGUAUGUUACCAGCAUCUAUAAAACUAUUUUUGAUUCGCUGGCUGAGGCCAUCCAGUUCAUCAACUCACUUGUGUACAACAGUUGCAAG